AUGGAGGGGAUGCUGCUUCGCCCUUCGCGUGCAGACAGCGUUGCGCGAGCAUUGGAGAGGCCAGCCUCCGGCUUCUCAGCGUGUCGCGAGUACUGUGUCUCUAUCUGCCUGGUGGAUGGGUGUGCGGUGGGGGACUGGGGACUCCUGCUGGCUUUUGACGCCGAUCUACGAAUCAAGUUGGUGCUGGCGAGCGGGCGAUGCGUCCUAAGUACCCGCCAAGCUGAAGGCCUCGCCGCGACGAUAAGGCAGCACCUCGUCCAAGCCGGAGCCUCCGCGGAAGACGCGGUCACCGCCCUGGAGAAUGGGCUGCGCUCAUUGGAGCACAUCAGCGCCGCCUCAAACCUCGCGACGCUUGCCCUCGGCUCGAAUCGCAUCAGUGACCUUGCGGAGCUAGAGAAGCUGACCGAAUGUGCUGCUCUGCAGUCUCUGGCUCUCGCGAACAACCCGGUGGCGCGCAGGCAACUUUACCGGCCGUCUCUAGUGCGGCGCAUGCUCUCUCUACACGUGAUUGAUGGGCGCGAGAUUUCGCCAGAAGAGCGCGCUCGGACCGAAGCCAUGUACAGUGCCGAGGCGCGAGCCGCCGCCGCCACUCAGGCUCAUUUCACACAGGCCCACCAUAUGGCACACCACGGCGCGGCCUCUGAGGUCCGAAGCUACGCGGCAAAGGUCCCGCUCAAACUCACUUCGAUGAAUUUCGACCAGCUAGCCCUCGGGGGCGCAGACUUUGGAGGCGGCAGUGGCGGCGCAUACUCCGGCUUGGUCGGGCCGGCGGUGGCGAGUGGCUACCGAGAGAGCAGCGGCCAGAAUCUCGCCAUGGCAGCUCAGCAGCUGCAGCGCGGAAGCCUCGGGACCAGUGGCUUUGAGGCCGCACUGCGGACCGCACGGCGCGUGGACAGCGGAGGGGUGCGGGCUGGCGAGGGCCAGGCCGACUACAGCAGCUUCCGAGAGUACAACCAAAGUCGGAGGAUCAAAACUGGGCUGUGA